AUGGCGCCUGUCGAGAUCAAUGGUAAAAGAGCACUCUUGACCGAGACUUCGGAGGGCCAUGCGAGACUCAGGAAGGCUAUCAACCCGGCUUUUAAGCUUGCCUUUGGCACCACGGCAAACUGCCUCAACCAGGCAGACCAGCCACAUCUACAGGUCCUGGGAAACCGCGCCAAGUCUGUUGUCUUUUUCCAGUUCGCCCUUCAGUACGGUCUGAUGUCUGUUCUGCAAUUCCUGACUCCCAAAUAUGCCCGCGAGGCCCGCCGCAAACACCUCGCUCUAUCAGCAGCCAAGGUCCAGGCGCGCCUCCAGGCUAAGAAUCCGGGCAAAGACUUUAUGUACUACAUUCUCGAGAACCAGGAGGUUAAGUUCUCCAGCCUCGAUCUAACUCUACUAGCGAGCACGUUUAUCGUAGCCGGGAGCAACACCACUGCAGACACCAUGACUGGCCUUACAUAUCUACUGCUUCGAAAUCCCGACAAGAUGGCCCGCCUGAAGCACGAGAUACUGUCCAUGUUCCGUUCGAAAGAUGAGAUCACGAUGCAAUCUACUGUGCACUGCAGACGACCCAUGGAGUUUGUACCGGAGAGGUGGCUGGGGCUAUCACCCGAUUCCGAAUUUGCGGGUGACGACAAGGGCGGAAGUCAGCCGUUCUCCUACGGGUUGAGAUCGUGCGCGGGGAAAGUGCUUGCGUGGGCUGAGCUGCGUAUCACCAUGGCUAAGCUCCUAUGGCAUUUCGAUUUUGAACUCGCCAGCCCGGCCGAUGAUUGGUGGAACAAGCAGCGGACAUACCUGAUCUGGGAACGGCUUCCAUUGAUGGUGACGUUGAAUCCGAGGACGACUUUAGCCGAGCCCAUCAAGUAA